AUGAACGCUGCACUGAUUCUCUUUGCUCUUUUUGCUGUCGUCGCUGCUGACAAAAUCCCUGACUUCGUUGUUCCGGGAAAAUGUCCGGUUGUAGAUGAGAAAACGUUGUUCGAACAACAGAAGCCUAACUACUCCAGAUACGCUGGUGUAUGGUAUGAGAUUGCUCUCACAGAUAACCCAUAUCAACUUCUGGAAAAGUGUGUCCUCAAUGAAUAUUCUUUUGAUGGUACGAAAUUCACAGCCAUAUCCAGUGGUAUCGGCGGUGAUGGUAAUACGAUGACGAGAAAUGGACAGAUAUUGCCCAUGCCUUUAGGAGAGCCUCAUCUUUCCGUGAAUUACGAAGAAUCCUGGAUCGCUCCCUAUGUCAUCCUCGACACCGAUUACGAGAACUUCUCCUGCAUCUACUCCUGCACCGAAUACAACUUCGGAUACUACUCCGACUUCUCCUUCAUCUUCUCCCGGUCGCCAAGCCUUUCGGACAAGUACAUCCGACGUUGCGAGGCCGCCUUCAGUAAAAUCGGGGUUGAUAUGUCUCGAUUCACCAAGACGGUUCAAGGAUAUUCCUGUUCAUACGACUCCCUGAAAUACUUUUAAUGAAUGUUGUUUAUAGAUGAUUAAAUGC